AAUAUGCUGUUGAAUUCAGUUUGCUAGUAUUUGUUGAUGAGGUUUAUAUCAGUGCUCGAAAGGGAUAUUGGUCUCUAGUUUUCUUAUGGUAUCUUACUUCGACUUUGGUAUCAGAGUAAUGCUGGCCACAUAGAAUGAGUUUGGAAGUCUUCACUCCUCUUCAUUUCUUUGGAAGAGUUUGAGGAGGAUUAUGUGAAUUCUUAAACCUGUGAUAGAAUUCACCACAGACACUAUCUGGUCUUAGGCCUUUAUUUGUUGGAAGGUUUUGGAUUACAGAUUCAGUCAACCUACUAGUUAUGGGUCUGUUCAGGUUUUCUUUCUUUAUGAUUCAGUCUUAGAAGGUUGUGUGUUUCUUAGAAUUUGUCUGUUUUAUCCAAUUUAUCGGCAUGCAGUUGUCCAUACUACUCUCUUAUAAUCCUUUUUAUUUCUCUAUAAUUGGUAGUAAUGUGGCCCCUGUCAUUUCUGAUUUUAGUUACUUGAGUCUUGUUUUUCCCCUAGUCAGUCCAACUAAAAGUUUGUCAGUUUUGUCAAUCUUUUUGAAGAACUAACUCUUGGUUUUGUUGAUUCUAUUAUUUUUCUAUGUAUUUUGUUGAUCUCUACUUCAGUAUAUUCUUUUUCCUAGCUUUGGGUUUAGUUAGCUCUUUGUCUAGUUUGUUCACAUGUAAAGUUAGGUUGUUGAUUUGCAAUCUUUCUUUUUUAAUGUAAGCAUUAACAGCUUUACAUUUCUCUUUUAGCACUGCUUUUGAUGUAUCCCAUACUUUUUGGCUGGGAAUCUAGGUGUGAGACUGAAGAAUUAACCUCAAAGCAAGAUAUUUAUGAAGCACAAUCAUCCCAGAAGAUUCUAGAAAAACUUACAAGCUGUGGCCUUGAGUAUUCCAGUUUAAGAGAAGAAUGGAAAUGUGAGGACCAUUUUGAGACACAGCCAGUAAAUCAGAAGUCAUGUUUCAAGGAAGAGACAAUCACUCAUGAAGAAGCCCUUGUUAAUAAAAGAGCACAAGAAUAUAACAAAUCUUGGGGAAAUUUCCAUCCGAACACACUGCUUCAUACACAACAGAUAACCACCAAAGAGGAGAAAGUACAUAAACAUGAUACACAUAAGAAAAGCUUUAAAAAAAAUUUAAUGGCCAUUAAGCCCAAGAGUAUCUAUACAGAGAAAAAACUUUUGAAAUGUAAUGACUGUGAAAAAGUCUUUAGCCAGAGCUCAUCUCUUACUCUUCAUCAAAGAAUUCAUACUGGAGAGAAACCAUAUAAAUGUGUAGAAUGUGGAAAAGCCUUCAGCCAGAGAUCAAAUCUUGUUCAACACCAGAGGAUUCAUACUGGAGAGAAACCCUAUGAAUGUAAGGAAUGUAGGAAAGCCUUCAGUCAGAAUGCACACCUAGUUCAGCAUCUGAGAGUUCAUACUGGAGAAAAACCUUAUGAAUGCAAAGUGUGUAGGAAAGCCUUUAGCCAAUUUGCUUACCUUGCUCAACAUCAGAGAGUUCAUACUGGAGAGAAGCCUUAUGAAUGUAUUGAAUGUGGAAAAGCAUUUAGCAAUAGAUCAUCCAUUGCUCAACACCAGAGAGUUCAUACUGGUGAGAAACCUUAUGAAUGUAAUGUCUGUGGGAAAGCAUUUAGCCUUCGUGCAUACCUUACUGUACACCAGAGAAUACAUACUGGAGAGAGACCCUAUGAAUGUAAGGAAUGUGGGAAGGCUUUCAGCCAGAAUUCACAUCUUGCUCAACAUCAGAGAAUUCAUACUGGAGAAAAACCUUAUAAAUGUCAAGAAUGUAGGAAAGCAUUCAGCCAGAUUGCCUACCUUGCCCAACAUCAAAGAGUUCAUACUGGAGAGAAACCCUAUGAAUGUAUUAAGUGUGGGAAGGCUUUUAGCAAUGACUCAUCCCUUACUCAGCAUCAGAGAGUUCAUACUGGAGAGAAGCCUUAUGAAUGUAACGUUUGUGGAAAGGCUUUCAGUUACUGUGGAUCCCUUGCCCAACAUCAGAGAAUUCAUACUGGAGAGAGACCCUAUGAAUGUAAGGAAUGCAAGAAAACUUUCAGGCAGCAUGCACACCUUGCUCAUCAUCAGAGAAUCCAUCUUGGGGAGUCACUCUCACCACCCAAUCCAGUCAAUCACCAAGUUCUCUAGACACUAUCUCAUAAAUAUAUCCAGAAUUUAUGUUCUUUUUUUUCUAUCUCUAAAGUCACCAUAGAUUCAUCUCACCUCAAUCACCAUACGGUAGCUUUCCAAGAGGUCUUCCUAUAUCAACUUUUGAUCCCCUUAAAUUCAUUCCCACCAUGCCCCAAACUGCUUUUUUUGAGUAUAAGAAUACAUCACUGCCUCCAGUUAAAACUUUUUUUUCUUUUUUGGCUUAUUAUUUUCUUAAGCUAACAUCCUCAGUCUUUAAAUUGUCUAUGAGGUGCUUCAUUAUCUGGUUCUUACAUACCUUUCAGUCUUAUUUAUUCCAGUCUCCUUCACUGAGCACUAGGCACUUCCCAGGACUAAGAGCUUAGAUUCUGGAAAAUCAGCUCUACAACUGCUGUGGCAUUGUACGACUUUGAGUAAUUUGUUUGACUUAUCUAAACCUCAGGGUUUUCUUUAAUUCUUAAAAUAGGGAUAAUAAAGGAUACUGUAUUGUAGAACUGUGAUUAUUAAAUGAUAUAGUGUCUGUUGUAGACUGAUGCAUAUAAAGGAAUAAAUUUGCAUGUAAAGUGCUUCACGUAGCACAUCAAUUAUAGCAGAUAUUCAAUAAAUCAUAAUAGCUAACGUGUA